UGCGAUAGGGUGUGGUUUUACAUUUACCCUAUGUCUGUUCCAGAGAGGAGAAAGUUGAAGUCCGUUCGAGAAGUGGCUGCGCAAAAGGGUUUGCUAGUACACGAUGUGGACUUCGGUGCAGCUUGUCUCAUUUGUGGAGAUGAUUGUCCUGGAUUUGAAUUGCAUUACUGGAGGCAAAUCUGUAAGAACUGCAAGUGCUUUCGUGAAGAUCAUGACAUCCACAAUACAGAAGACACUAAAGUGACGAAAGUUAUUGGACGAUUGUUCAGGUCUAGACCAGAGCCAAAGCCCGUUGAAAAGAAAAAGGACAUUGCAUUGUCUGCCAAGUAUUCGUGGACACCCGAUGUCGAUAAAAUUUUGGCUGAGAAAUACAUGAAAGAAUUGCCAGCGACAAAGACACCACUGAAGGGUACCGAUGGUCACAUGUAUCGUUCGAAACAGCUGAUUCACCAACUUCCUGCUCACGAUACUGACUCUUCUUUGUGUGACAAUUUGACCGAGUAUGAAAAACAGGAAAUGAGUGAAUUUCUUCAGCAGCAGCAAGAAGUUGCUGUUGGAAGAGCUGCUGUUAAAGACUGCAGUGUAGAGAGUGAUGCCAGUCAGUGGUGUUGUGCAAAGUGCUCAGAGGUUCUUGCUGUCGGUAGCUGUGCUGUGUUUGCUGAGAAGGCUGGAGAAGAAGCUUGUUGGCAUCCGAAGUGCUUUGUGUGUAACCAGUGUGAAGAGUUGCUCGUUGAUCUAAUUUACUUCUGGAAAGACGACAAGCUUUAUUGUGGCCGUCAUUAUGCAGAAGCUGUAAAGCCCCGCUGUGCAGCUUGUGAUGAGCUCAUUUUUUCUCGAGAGUACACUCGAGCGGAGGACAAGAACUGGCAUUUGAAGCACUUUUGUUGUUGGGAAUGUGACGCUCAACUGGGUGGCCAGCGCUACAUCACACAUGAGUCUCAUCCCUAUUGUCUUACUUGUUUCGAUUUACGCUUUUCCAAGUUGUGUCAUUCAUGUGGUUUGGCAAUUCCUGCUGAUGCUCCACAUCUUUCUCACGGAAAUCUAAGUUGGCAUGGAAGUGACAAGUGUUUCCAUUGCUCGUUUUGCCAAGUUUCUCUUAUUGGCAAGAAAUUUCUUCCUAGAGAGGACACAGUGUUUUGCUCCAGGGACUGCGCACGAAAUGCCAAAGAACAGAAGGCAUAGUAGUUAUACUUACAGUUGUAAUUGGACGAGUGGAAAGUUCUUUAUCUUUUUUUUUUAUCAGCAUUGAAUGUGAUGACCUGCUGCGGCUGUUUGCAACUGGUGUUUUUUAGUUUUAAUGCGAUAGAAUAUGGAAGUUUUAUGAUUCUA